AUGGCCCUUCGUUUAGUGACCAUCUGGCUUUUCAUAGUCUUUGCCGUCAUCGUCUCGGCCUCGCCGUCGCCGGUUUCUUCAAGAAAGCUGUUGGAGAUGAAGAAACAAGAGAACUUGACGGUGAGAGAGGAAGAGAAGAGUCACAUGCCUCACGUGACCAAAACCACUACGCUAACUGCUCUGCCAAAGGGAAAAAUCCCCAACUCGACGCCGAGCAAAAAGGGUCACGCCGCCAUCUCUGCCGCGAAGCUCCGAUCUCGACAUCUCUACACCGUUGAUAGGUUUCUUCAGUCUGUCCCCAGUCCCGGCGUUGGCCAUUGA